AUGGGAGCACAGACAUCAAAAGUUGCUAGAAAGUUGCCUACCAAAGCACGUCCAGAAACACUUCACAAUAUACCAAAUGAGUCGCCAUCUACAAUUGGUUCAAUGGCAAAUGCUGCAUCAGAGAUCAAGACAGACUUUAUAGAACAAGAGAGCCGCGAUCCCCAAUUGCAUGAGAAUUUGAAAUCCUUGGGCCCGGUUUCGAUCCAGCCCACCAUCACAAAAAUGAGACCUUCAGAUACCAUGUUGAAGAUUAUGAAACAGAGGAAAGAGUCUGAAGAGAAGGAAUUGAGAGGACACACGGUGACAGAGGAGAACAUGUCAAUUGAUUCCCUGUUCACCUUACUAGAACAACGUAAAAGACUGCAACCUGGCGAGAUGGACAAACCCGAGAUUCGACAAGCCCUGCUGCAGAAAUACAAGAUUGAUGAACCUACACUGAACACGCUGUUGAAAUACUACAAUACAAUGGCUAUUAUGCCUCCAGCCAUUGAUGACAAGGAAGAAAGACGUAUGAGUGUGUGGGUUACAGACAAAUUAGAUUGGGAGAAACAGGUUCGAUUGGUGGAUCAACGAAAUCAGGCAAUCAAGAAAGCAAGACAGGAGGCCCUGAAGGAUAACAACCGAGCAAAAAAGGAAAAGGAGGACGGUAAAGAGGAUCAAGCACUAAAGGAUCUAUUUGAUGAAAGCUAUUAA